ACUAUCGUUUGUUAUUUUUCCUGAAAAUAUUCUUCAUCAUGUUUUGAAUGUUUUCGAAAUGAACGACACGAGUGAGUUUAUAGACUUAGAUCGAAUCACAAACUCGGAGUUUCGUGAGCAAAUCAAAGCAUGGAUCGAAGAGCGAGGGAUACACGAGAAUCUACAGCUGCAGAUGAAAAAGGACCUGAUCGAACAAAUCAGCCGCACGGCCUUAGGUCGAAAAAUGUCCAUCAAGCUGCAAACUCACCAGGGAAUUGUUUUGUCGCCUCUUGUCCUCGUUCUAAACACUUUGGUAGCAGAGUUUUUGUACACCCAAAACUGUCAUUUCACUCUAUCGGUGUUUAGUAAUGAGGUUCCAUUCAAGAACACACUGCCAGAUUUCACCCGAUCUGGUCAAUUUCGACUUAGCCGCGUUGAACUACGGGAGAUUUUCGAAGCUCUGGGAAUCGUACAUUUUGCGGAUUUAGUCGAAAAGUACGAAGCUAAGCCCAAACAAUCGGGUAAAUCUCUGCUGUACAUCAUUUUUAAAUCAAUGCUCGCUUCUAUUAGAAACAGUGAAGAAAAGGUCGAACGACUGAAAAGAGACGAAACGAAACAGGAAACCACCAAGGACUUGCUGGAGGGCUUGGAAAUAGACAAACUGCACAGGAAAGUGGAGAAACUGCUGCAGAAGUUGAAACUUGUAAGUAAAAUUGUCGAACGAAUCGAACUGUCGAAAGAUGAUGAAAACCUAGCACAUGAUAAUCACGAUGAGCAGACUGAGUCGUUACGAAUCUGUACGGAGAACGUGCAAAAAUUAGUUGGCAGAUUGGAGAACUGCUCCCAAACUUUUGAAAAUUUGAUCGUGACACUGCAAAAACAAUGCGAACAGAAGGAUGAGCCUGAAAAAUUCGAGGAACCGCCAAAACCAGACGAAAAACCGCAAGAACCAGGUCCCAAGAGCUAUACCGAUUUUUUGAAUGAAUUAAAAAAUAGUACUCAUGGAAAAAAAUACGUUGCAAAAUUGCAAAAGCAGAUACUGAAGCUGAUGGACAAGGAAAAGGCUUUGCUAGAAGCAAAAUACGCAGAAAGAUUGCACCGUGCUGAACUGGAAUACAAGUGUAAGUUGGAGGAUCUGAUGGCUGAGAGAAUCCGAGAGGUGUCCGUGCCAGUCGAAAUUCGUCGUUCGCCAAAACCGGCAAACAGAACGAGUGAAAGCGACGAAAGUGCGCUCUAUAUGAAGAAGAUUGACGAAAAGUUAAACAGGCUCUAUCAGCACGAAAAGAAUGUGGAUGAAAAACUGGUCACGCUGAAGAAUGAUUUGCAGCAGCAAGAAAUCAGACAAAGCCAGUACUUUAAAUCCCUAAAGACAGCGGAGACGAAGGAGAAGAAACUGGCGGUGCUGCAGGAUGUGGAGCGACAAUUGCUGGCAACGUUCGAGGAUGAAACUCAAAUCAUUGUGCGUAAUGCCAAGGCUACCAUACAACAGUUAGAGAGCGAAAGUGACAAAAUAAACCGAUCCUUCCAGCACUAUCUGCAGAAACAGCGUGAGGAUAAACGGAAACUGAAUGAUGAGAAGGUUCAAAUCUGGCAGAAAUACAACAACGAGAAGUUAGAGCUGAAUCAGCGCGAACUGAUGGGAUUAAACGGUCAUACCCAGGAGGUUCCCAUUGUUCAGGAAGUACUCUCCGUCCCGAAGAAUGAUGAUAUUCCUCACAGGGGCCAUUUUGAAAAUCCAUUUAAAAACUUCGAUCCUCACAAGUAUCUGAAGAGGACGAUUGAAUUUCCGAAGUGUAAACGGGUUGCGGAUAUCGCAAUUAAUACAUCUUUCGAACAAAAUAAUGCUCACGGAGGUAUUAAGGAAGCUACACAACAGCAAUACUCUGUUGAUUAUUUGAAAACUCCAGCAAAUGCUGAUGCAGUUGCUGACGGUACGUCAGAAGCACAAAAUGUUUCCUCUAAAACAGCAUUAGAAUCAACGCAACAAUCCAAACUAAGCGAACUAUUAGCCAAAGAUACAGACAAUUUGAAGAAGAGUAUAGAAGAUAAUUUACUAAAAUUGGAUCAGAUGAGUAAAACUUACUCUAAAGCAACUUCCUCCAGUGACUCUACUGAUAAGGUGGGAACCUACACUGUAAAACCAACUGUCGAACCUCCUGUUGGAAAAGAUAAAAGUCUAGAUGAAUCAUCGAGCGGUCCCGAGCUGAAGGGUUUGUCUGAAGGAGAAUUACCUAGUCCACAGCCGGAAACAAAGAACCACGUUCCAAACCUCGACAAUACCCGUGAAUUGUUGGAGUUCACCACGGAACAUUUUUCAGAUAAAAAGAAUUCCGACCGCGUCGAAAAUCAAAAAUCAAUUGAUAUACUAUCAAUAGGUUCGUUCAGCGAUUUAGACUUAAGUGCUGACAGUGCCUCGAACCGGAACAAAACUCUGCUGGGACUAGGUGGAGAUAGUUCAAACGAGAUAUUUGAACAAAUUUCCACUGGAAAACGGUCACAGUCAGAGCACAGUUGGAGUUAGA